AUGGAAUCGAAAAACCCUACUAGGUUCAAGCUUGGGAAACAGUCGUCGCUAGCACCGGAACGAGAUAGGGAAGAGGAUGAAGUUCAUCAUGAAGGUGAUGCUAGUAUUGAUGCUGGAGUUAGGUUGAUGUAUUCGGCGAAUGAAGGUGAUGUUGAUGGAAUUCGUGAGGUGUUGGAAUCUGGUGUGAGUGUGAAUUUUAAGGAUGUUGAUGGACGUACUGCUCUUCAUAUUGCUGCUUGUCAGGGGUUAACUCAUGUUGUUGAUUUGUUGCUUGAGAAUGGUGCUGCUGUUGAUCCUAAAGAUCGAUGGGGGAGCACGCCCCUUGCAGAUGCUAUAUUCUAUAAAAACAAUGACGUGAUCAAACUAUUGGAGAAUCAUGGAGCAAAGCCUCUGAUGGCCUCUAUGCAUGUUAAUCAUGCACGUGAAGUCCCUGAAUAUGAAAUCGAUCCUAAAGAACUUGAUUUUACCAACAGUAAGGAAAUAACAAAGGGGACUUUCUGUAUUGCAUUGUGGCGUGGGACCGAGGUUGCGGUAAAAAAGCUUGGGGAGGACGUCAUAAUUAAUGAGGAGAAAGUGAAGGCUUUCAGAGACGAGCUUGCUCUGUUCCAGAAGAUUCGGCAUCCAAAUGUAGUACAAUUUCUUGGUGCUGUGACACAGAGUAGUCCAAUGAUGAUUGUGACAGAAUAUCUUCCCAAGGGAGAUCUUCGUGAUUUCAUGAAAAGAAAAGGAGCUUUAAAACCAAGUACAGCUGUUAGAUUUGCACUUGAUAUUGCUAGGGGAGUGGGUUAUUUGCAUGAAAAUAAACCAUCACCCAUUAUUCACCGUGAUCUCGAGCCUUCUAAUAUAUUGCGGGAUGAUUCCGGCCACCUAAAAGUUGCAGACUUUGGAGUUAGCAAGUUGCUAGCAGUUAAAGAAGACAAGCCUCUAACUUGCCAAGAUACUUCUUGCCGAUAUGUGGCUCCUGAGGUUUUUAAUCAAGAGGAAUAUGACACUAAAGUGGAUGUGUUCUCAUUUGCACUAAUUCUACAAGAGAUGAUUGAAGGCUGCCCUCCUUUUUCUGCAAAGCGUGACGACGAGGUUCCUAAGGUUUAUGCUUCAAAAGAGAGACCGCCCUUCCGAGCUCCUACUAAGCAUUAUUCUCAUGGAAUUCGAGAGUUGAUUGAAGAAUGUUGGAAUGAGAAUCCAGCAAAGAGGCCAACAUUCAGACAGAUAAUAACAAGGUUGGAAACCAUCUACAAUACAAUUGGUCAAAAAGGACGUUGGAAGGUUAGACCAUUGAGGUGCUUUCAGAAUCUGGAAGCUUUGUUGAAGAGAGACCGAUCAAAAUUAAGCAGCCGGGGAAGUUCAUCUCGUUCCUCUACCAGCCGUAUAUGA